AUGGUCAUAUUGGUUGGACACAAAUUCCGCGAGGAAGUUGAGACAGAUGAUCUCGAUCAACUAUGUGGAAUACUCGACACAGUGAUCCGAACGCUCCCUCCAGUGAAGUAUCAUGAGCAGCCAGAGCGAAGAAUUGUCUGUUUCAUUGAUGGUGUGGGUUCUCGCAGUGAUGUAGAGGAUUCUUCCGGAGUGACUAAGGCCAUACAGACCUUACUGAAGAUGGUCCGUCUUGGUGACAUUGGCGAUGACUACGUACCGACAUUCCAACUGAUCUGUACGAGUCCUCGUCUAAGUGACUGGGAUGAUGCACUCUUCCCAAGUGAGGGCACUUGCCAUCUUGUUGAUUUAGCACUAUCACUGCUGCCAUCUGCACCGUCUGAGGAGGGUUUCAAGAGGCCUGAAGGAGACCAAGAUCUGGGCUUUCAGAGCGAGUUCGGCAAGCAUAACGGUUUCAUCUUUUGA